AUGAUGAUCAUACGAUUCGUCGUCUGUGUAAUUCUAUUUCUAUACUUAUUUAUUCAAAAUUCUUCAGCUACUUAUCUUCGUUGUACAUCAAAAUGUACUCAAAUCACCGUUCCAUUUCUCGAACCAUUGAAAAUAUCUAACGAAUGUCAAGAUAAUAAUAAUCUUAUCGAUAUUUAUGAUUAUUCUACAAGCUCUAGUAAUGAUACUCAUAUUUAUGAUGGAUAUAAUCAAUCUGAAUUUCUUGUUCAAACAAUAUGGUUAGGUUUUAAUCAAGAUUCAGAGCAACCAAAUAUAACUGAUCGUAAAUAUGGAUGUAGUACAGAAAAUGAUUGUGCACGUCAAUUUUAUUUUAAUACUAUUAAACAUUUAAUUACUAAUGGUCAAUUACAAAUUGAUAAAAUUAAAUCAAAAUUAUAUAGACAAUCUUUAUUACCAAAAAAUAUUGCACUUCGUCGUUGUGAAAUUAAUAAUACAACGUAUAAUAGAUCAACAAUACGAUGUCAAGAUGGUUUAUGUUAUGUAAAUAAUAUGAAUGAAAAACAGUAUUGUACUUCUGAUAAGACUCCAACAUUUUUUAGUGAAUUUCGAUCUUAUUUACCGAAGUCAACAGCAAAGGAAAUCGAAUUAAUUGAAUAUAAAUGUAAUAAACAUUUAUGUAAUAACAAUGAAACGAUUGAAAUAAUUAAAAAACUUCUUCGUGAUUAUACAAAUUGGAAUAAUAUUAAUAACAAACAAAAUCAAAUAGAAGAAAAAUCAUCAUCAACAACAUAUCAAAUAGAAGAAAAAUCAUCAUCAACAAUAUAUCAAAUAGAAGAAAAAUCAUCAUCAACAACAUGUCAAACUGUAUCUAAUAUUUUAAUUAUUUUAUCUUUAAUUAAUCUUCGAUUUUUAUUUUAA